AUUCUACAUUCCGUCGGAGUACACGCAGCGAGCUGGUCGCGUAACUCUUUAAAUGACGCGGCGCGUUCUAAAAUAUCAAGCUUAUAGUGACCUAAUUAUACAUAGUUGUAUAGUGUGAGAACGUACUCGAAUCUAUAUAAUUGCUCACUGCUAUUUUAUCUUCAAAAUGUAAAAAACUAAAUGUCAUUUUACUUAACGCGCAUAUGGUGUAACUAGAAGUGACUCAGUGUUACAGAGUUUUAAGUGUUUACAUCGACUGUGAUUGAGACGGCGAUGUCUGGUUUUGUGCAUCAUUAAUUUUGAUGUAAUCGAGACUUGUUAUAUGGAAGUUUAAAUAACAAGUUAUAGAUGGGAACGAUUUUAUUUUGAAACAUUUUAUUAUUGCUAUAAAGAAAACAUUGGCAAAAUGAGCUGUAUCUGGAGCUGGCGACUAUUAACAGUUUUAGGAACCAUAAUAACAUGCUCUUACACAUUGGCAUUUAGCAAUUCAAUAGAAACAGAUUUUAAAGAAAUAGAAGGCCCAGUUAUAAUUCCAUCGAAAAGCGAAAUAAUAUUGAAAAAGGGUCAAAAUUUUACAAUUUAUUGUAAAUCGAACAAUCCAGUGCAAAUUAAACAACAAGAAAUACCGGAGGAAAUAAUCGAAUCCUUCAUAAUGAUCGAAAGAAACGUGACAAGUUCUGACGACCAGUAUGAAUUUGAGACCGCUUUAGAUUUAUACAACGUUGAUCAAUUUGCAGUCGGCUAUUAUGCUUGUUUUGAUAAUACUGUAAAUGUGAAAGACAUUCUGAGUAAUUUAAUGCAUGAACCAGUUAAUAACAAACACGUAACGUACUUAUACGUAUACGUCGACGAGACCAAUAGCUUAUUUGCACCAAUGAGGGAAGUUGUAAUGUCGAGAAGCGGGUCCAUGGUCGUAAUCGAAUGUAGACCUACGACACCGGAUAUAAAUGUUACUCUCGUAGGGGAAUUUGCAGACAGUGAAUCCCAACAAUAUAGUUUUAGCCCUAAGAUCGGGUUUGCCUUCGAUAGUGAUGCCCUCUUGGAUAUCCCAAUGAGCAUUUUCAAAUGUAACUUUAUGAGGCGAAACUUAGAAAGAAAGAUCGAAGUUUUUGUAAAUAAACCUAAAAAUGCAGAGGCUCCAAAACCUACCAUCCAAAGUGACUCCAUAUAUUUCUUGGAGGGAGAAACCUUUUCUCUGAAUUGCACCGUAACAUCACAACCCCCGCUCAUGUUACAAUGGACUUUUCCGAGACUAAAAUCAAAGGGCCUAAUUUUAAACGACACGAACGAACAAAAUGUUACUGACGGUAUCCUAUAUUAUCAUAUAACCAUAGUAAACGCAACUGAGGAAGAUGAAGGAAAUUACACUUGUAUAUCAAAAAACAGCAACAGCAAACAACUAACAACCACCAAAAAAGUCUACAAAGGUAAACAGGGUUUUAUUAUUCUCACAAAAGGGAAAAGCAGAGAUGGUCCACUAGAAACCAAACAAGGUUCUAUAAAACUUCAGUAUCAAAUCGAAGACUAUCCUCCAUGUACAUAUUACGUAAUGAAAAACAAUGAUAAGUUGCCAGUAGAGAGCGAAAAAUACAAAUUGAGCAGACAAAAAGGAUCCAUAAUAUUGCAUAUAAAAAAUUUAAAUAUAUCAGAUACAGCCAACUAUACAUUAGUUGCCAGUAAUAAGGAUGUCACUAAAAAUGUUACGUACGACAUUCGAAAAAAAGCUGCUCCAAUUGUGGACUUCGGACCAGAAUCUGAUAAAAGAUAUGAAUUACAUCAAAUGGCAACACUAAAAUGUGAAGCGAUUGGGUAUCCUCUACCUACCGUCGAGUGGAUAUUUUCGGAUAAGCGUGGCGAAGAACAAACAAUUCAGGCGACACAAAAUAUUGCCGAGUCUUUAAUAAAAGUGACGUCUUAUCUCACUUUUAAUGUUCGUACUUCGGGAAAUAUAACGUGCCAUGCCUUUAAUGGAAUGAACACCACGGAUUCCACAAGAAGAUUUCUUGUGUAUGAGAUAGCAGGAGGUUUCGGUAUUAAGAAUAGCGACGACACUUGGUUCCCUGAACGACAACAGGUUGUUUUAAGAUGCUAUGCAUCUAAGUACGACUUUGUCAACGUAACAUGGCGUCGGCAUGAUGACGAAAAAAUUACUGGACAUGAAAUUAAGGUAUUGGAGUCAGAAUUUUCAUACAUAGCCGAGUUAAUAAUAAAUAGCGUGAGGGUUGAGGAUGCAGGUACUUAUACUUGUGUAGGAUAUAAAGAAAAUAUGGAGGAGAAUCAAAUGAUAAACCUUACUGUAGCAGAAACUCAACUUCCUGUUGUAACUCAACCAAACAAAAAGACAGAACUUGAAGUUAACCCAUAUCAACCAAUCAGAAUUAGUUGCCAAGCAAGCGCUGUACCUCCGCCUCAAAUAACGUGGUUUAAGGAUGGAGAAUAUCUGUUGAAUAACAGCAAUGUUGAAAUAUUUACUGAGAACCUUAAUCAAACCACAGUUAAUUCAUCCAUUGAUAUAAAGCAAAUGCUGGAAGAUUAUAAAGGGAAAUACGAAUGCGUUGCGGAAAGCGGUGGUCAAAUUAGAAGUGGAAUAUACAAUGUCGUAUUAAAAGAUAAAUAUACGUAUCGCUCCGCAAUAUAUUUAAGUAUAAUUGCUGUUGUGGUGUUUCUACUUGUUUUAUUAAUGACAUAUUUGAUAUGGAAAAGACGUGAAGAGCAACAAUUUAAGAGGGAAUUGGCGAAGGCUGGUUUACUAAAUUUCAAUGAAGGUGUUACUAGAUCUCUUAAUCCGGAGCUUGGGAUCGACGAACAGGCCGAGCUCUUACCUUACAAUCAAAGAUUUGAGUUCCCAUCUGAAAAACUUAUUUUAGGUAAGCAAUUGGGAGCAGGUGCUUUCGGCGUUGUAUACAAAGCUGAAGCCCGGGGUAUCGUCAACGCUGAAGAAACAACUCCAGUCGCCGUCAAGAUGGUGAAGAAAACAGCCGAUAAUAUGUAUAUAAAGGCACUGGCCUCUGAACUGAAGAUAAUGGUCCAUCUUGGAAAACACAUUAACAUAGUAAACUUAUUAGGCGCUUGUACUAAAAAUGUUGGGAAACGGGAAUUGAUUGUAAUCGUGGAAUACUGUAAGUUUGGUAACAUACAUAACUACAUGCAGAGACACAGAGAAGUUUUUAUAGAUCAACUCACUGAAAAUAAAGAGAGGAAUCUUGGGAAAGUAAAUAGAGCCUUUUCCAGCAGUACCGCUAGUAGUGGAAUGCAUUCGGAUUAUUUCAGUUCGAACCACUCUCAAAACACAGACCACACAUUUAUUAAUACGGCGAACACAAACAGGUCUGCAAGGAAAGAUAAUGCUAAUCAACAAGUGGAAUUCGUUGGAGUAUCAGAGACAGGAUACGUCCAACCGGAAUGGCGAUCCAAUUAUGAAGGCGACUACAAUUAUGACGGACGCAGCCCACGCCCUCUCACCUCCCGAGAUCUCUUAGCUUGGGCAUUUCAAAUUGCUAGAGGAAUGGAAUAUUUAGCAAGUAGAAAGGUUCUACAUGGAGAUUUAGCAGCAAGAAAUGUCCUUUUAGCCGAAGAUAAUAUCGUAAAAAUUUGCGACUUUGGUUUAGCUAGAAGCAUUUACAAAAAUGACGAAUACAAGAAGCAAGCAGAUGGCCCACUACCGGUUAAAUGGUUGGCGAUUGAGUGCAUGAUUGACCGAAUAUUCUCGACGCAGUCCGAUGUUUGGUCUUUUGGUAUUGUGUUAUGGGAAUUGUUUUCUCUUGCCAAAACACCUUACCCUAACAUAAGUCCCGCACACCUCAUAGAGUGGCUUAAUAGUGGGAAUCGCUUGGAUAAACCCCAAUACGCUGACGAUCGCUUAUACGACGUUAUGCUUCGUUGUUGGGAACAAAAGCCCACAGCAAGACCUAAUUUCUCACAACUACAGGAAAUACUUGGUUCUUUCCUGGAAGAUAAUGUCCGCAAUCACUAUGUUGACCUAAACUCGGCGUACAUGGAUUUGAAUGUGAAGACAGAAGGUCAAGAGGACUAUUUAGCAAUGGUUUGCGCUCCUGAUUACAAUAAUAUGGUAACUCCAAGCCCUCAUCAUUACGUCAACGACGCUAGGAGUUUUUUUCCACCUACACCAACACAACUUCAGCACGACGACGAAGGCUAUUUGCAAAUGAGCCCAGCGAACCGAUCUAUAUUCAGCCCACGAGAACCGACCACCAAAUUUGAUUUCGAUGCACGCAAAUUAAACCCAAGGGUUUCUGAACCAAAUAGUCAGGGCUCUGAGUUAACACAGUUAUUAACUUUGAAUAACUUGCCAGCCAGAGGCGGUUCUGAAUCCGACCACGAUGGUAAUACUUCUCCUUAUCUCAACAUGUGCCCACGUAUCGACGAAGAAACCGACGAUGUUUUUGAGACGAAGCAGUACAAUUUUAAAAAUGCACAUAAUAAUCAAAACACCGCUGUAUCUAAUCCCACUUAUAUUAAAUUCGAUGUGGAGUUGGAGAAGAAACCUCAGAAUAAUUCCAAUAAUUACAUCAACGUCAACGUGCCGAAUGGUCUAGUCAAAUAAAUAAUGCUUUUUCUCACAAUAACUCACUACUUACAUCUUAUUCUACUAGGAUAUCUGAUGAAUUUCUUAGAAGACUUGAUCUCCUUCUAAUCAAUUUGAUUAAAUGUAUUAAUAGAAAUCUCAGAUAUGUCAUUGUAUUUUCCUUUCUGUAUAAUGUAUAUAUUCUUCUAUCUUUUAUAUUUCUCGAUCUUUACUCUAUUCGAUCUUUUAUUAAUAAGACAUAUUUUGUUAUAAAUGGAAAUGAGAAAAUUGUAAUUGUGAAGUGGAAUGUUCACGAAAUGAUGUGAUAUUUUGUUGUAGGAAAAUACACGUUGGAUAUAUGAUAAACAAAUUCAUAUUCUAGUAUUGUUACAUAAUGUAGCUUUUUUAAGUGCCAGUAUUUAUUUACUGAACCCCACCAUUUUAACAUAUUGUAAAUAGUUUUUUUUAUUAAUAAGUAAUAUAUAUAUGCAUUUCUAUCGUUGCCAUUCCUUAAUAGAAAAAAUCUGUUACUGCAAAAUAUUUAAAGCUAAAAACUCAUGCUGAAUAUUUUGAAGUGUCGUUGUUUCAUAUUAAUGUAGUGUCGUUACAGCGUGUAACAGAUAAAAUAUUAUUGAUGUCAUUAUUUAAAUAAAUGAAAUAUAUUUUGUAUGUUCUCCCGUUAACAUUAUUAAAUAGUUUCUAUGUCUGAAUGUUAUAUUACUGAAAUAUACUAUGCUUUAUGGCUAUGGUGUGUAGAAAUAUUUUUUAAUUUUUCUGAUGAUCAAGUGAUGUAUUUGUUUCAAGUAGGCACCGUACAAAAGAGAAAAUAAAUGUGAUAUAAUAAAG